GCGUUUAGCAUCAUCGAGUUCCGGAUCUCCAAUUUCCUGUUUUACGGUGUCGAGCUGAAGCGGUCUCAGGAGCAAGAAAAAACUCAGCUAACGAACUUGAAUUUGCUGUUCCUUCACUUGGAAUACGAUUCCAAUCGAGGAGGGGAGACAGAGAGUGAGAGAUGAGUCAAGGAUCUCAUUCCUUGGCGUUUCGGGUCAUGAGGCUGUGCAGGCCUUCUGUCCACGCAGAUCCGCCCCUCCUACUCGACCCCGCCGAUCUCCUCAUCGGCGAGGACCUCUUGGAUGACCCUAUCGCCGCCGACAGUGUGCCUCGUCUUAUCGGCAGCGAUACGCAUGUUGCUGAUCAUGGCAGUUCUGAUCCCAACUAUUGCGGCAGGUUCCUUCUUCAUCAUUCCUUCGAUGCUAUGGGACUCUCUGGCCUCCUAGUGCUCCCACAGUCUUUCGGUGCCAUUUAUCUGGGAGAGACUUUCUGUAGUUACAUUAGUAUUAACAAUAGCUCCAAUUUCGAAGUCAGAGAUGUUAUCAUCAAGGCUGAGAUUCAAACAGAGAGGCAGAGAAUACUUCUUUUAGAUACAUCCAAAUCACCAGUUGAGUCAAUACGUUCUGGUGGGCGUUAUGAUUUUAUUGUGGAACAUGAUGUAAAAGAACUUGGACCUCACACGCUGGUCUGCACUGCAUUGUACAAUGAUGGUGAUGGUGAGCGUAAAUAUUUACCCCAGUUUUUCAAGUUCAUUGUUGCUAAUCCCCUUUCGGUUAGGACCAAGGUCCGUGUUGUCAAGGAAACUACUUUUUUGGAAGCUUGUAUUGAAAACCAUACAAAAUCAAACCUUUUCAUGGACCAAGUUGAUUUUGAACCUGCUCAGCAUUGGAGUGCAACAAUACUUAAAGGUGAUGAGCACCAUUCUGAGAAAGAGCGUUCAGCAAGGUCUGCAGUGGAUACAUUUAAGCCACCAAUAUUAAUCAGAUCUAGUGGUGGAAUUCACAAUUAUCUUUAUCAAUUAAAAAUGUCUUCAUCUGGUUCUGCAUCAACUAAAGUUGAAGGAAGUAAUGUUCUUGGCAAACUCCAGAUAACAUGGAGAACAAAUAUGGGUGAACCUGGUCGCCUACAGACACAGCAGAUACUGGGGACUCCUUAUACAAAGAAGGAGAUUGAGUUGCAAAUUAUGGACAUGUCGUCUACUGUUAGCCUUCAAACACCCUUUGUGCUAAAACUGAGUCUUACAAACCAUACAGACAGAGAGCUGGGCCCAUUUGAAGUUUGGUUAUCCAAAAAUGGUUUGCAUGGGGGUAAAGCGGUUAUGAUUAAUGGCCUUCAAUCAAUGGUCUUAUCACAAGUUGAGGCAUCGGGCUCCAUAAAUUUCACACUGAAUCUCAUUGCUACUAAACCUGGAAUCCAGAGAAUCACAGGCAUUACAGUGUUUGACACAAGGGAGAAGAAAUCAUACGAACCUUUGCCAGAUGUUGAGAUUUUUGUGGAAAUGGAUUGAACUUCUUGGUUAGUACAACCAACUUGGCCUGAAGAAGCAAGCUAGUAUUACGUAGAGCUUACAAGUUGACUAAGCUGAUGAUUUAACGAUACCGGAAAUGGGCUUCCCUGAAGAGUAAUUGGUCUGCUUAUCUUUCGUAAAGGUGGGUCUUCUGAAUAAAUUCUCGGAAGUUGACACUAGACGCUGCCGUCUUUUCUGAGGAUUGAUCUGGUUCUUUCCACUAGUCAUGGUUUACAUUGUUAAUGGCUUUAAAUCAGGUUAAUUAAGUACCCACAAAGUCUAGCUUGGUAAUUCUGAUGCCUCUAUGCUUAGAUUCUGAGUCAAGUCCAAUGUAUCUUGUGUGCCCCCAAAGUAUUUCUAGAACUUCACAGGUUAAAUGCUAAGUUCUGUAAUUUAUUGGAGCAGCUGGUGUUUGUCACUGAGGAGGCACAGAACUCGAUUUUGUUGGAUAUAGGGUAUUUGUUAUCAUUGAACUUUACUUUUCCCUUGGUGUAUGUGUACAUCACAAUCGUUUUUACACUGAAAUUAAAGCUGAACUACAUUAUGGGCAAAAA